GGUCACCCUUGCUGAGGUUCUGACCUAAGAAUUGGCAAACUGGCCAAGCUAAGGUCCUGGGUCUUGAUGUGUGACCCAGAGCAGGACUGUAGCUUCAGAAGCCUUGGCCAACUCCUAACCUCUGCCUCAGACUGCCACCCUCCCUUGUAUAGCCUUUCUGGGUAGAUUCCUGUGGCUCCGGAGCACUGGUUUGCCUACCCUGAAACAUGGGCUGAGGCAGAAGUUUGGGCUCUCCUGCGCUCCGUAGCCAGGCAAAGGAGAAGCAGGCGCUGGGCUGAGCUGGGCUGGCCAAGAAGCAGCCUUUAGCCUUGAACCAUCUUCCUGAGCAAGAUGGUGGCAGGCCGUGCCCGGGGAGAGGGGGUCAGGGUCAGGGCUAGUCACAGUGUGACGUGCAGACUGGAGUCUGGAAGUGGGGAUGUUUCAUAUGGAAUUUAAAUGUCCAGAUGCGGUCUGUUUCCCUGUCAGCUCUACAGACAUGGAUGCGUUCCGGAAGGUCGAAAAGAUCGGAGAGGGCACCUAUGGGGUGGUCUAUAAAGCCAGGAACAAGGAGACUGGGCAGACUGUGGCCCUCAAGAAGAUCAGGCUGGAUGUGGAGACUGAGGGGAUCCCCAGCACUGCCAUCAGAGAGAUCUCCUUGCUCAAAGAAUUGAAGCACCCCAACAUCGUCAAACUGCUGGAUGUGGUCCAUAGAGAGAAGAAACUCUACCUGGUGUUCGAGUUCCUCACUCAGGACCUGAAGAAGCACAUGGAUUCGGCCCCCACCCCGGAGCUCCCCCUGAACGUAGUCAAGAGCUACCUGUCCCAGCUGCUGCAGGGGCUGAAUUUCUGUCACUGCCAUCGGGUCAUCCACCGAGACCUGAAGCCUCAGAACCUGCUUAUCAAUGAGUUUGGAGCCAUCAAGCUGGCUGACUUCGGACUGGCUCGAGCCUUCGGGGUUCCCAUGCGUACCUACACCCACGAGGUGGUGACACUGUGGUACCGUGCCCCCGAGAUCCUCUUGGGCAGCAAGUUCUAUUCAACAGCUGUAGACCUGUGGAGCAUUGGUUGUAUCUUCGCAGAAAUGGUGAUUGGCAAACCUCUGUUUCCUGGUGACUCGGAGAUCGACCAGCUCUUUCAGAUCUUCCGUAUCCUGGGGACCCCCAGUGAAGCCACAUGGCCAGGAGUCUCCCAGCUGCCUGACUAUCAGAGCAGCUUCCCCAAGUGGACCAGGAAGGCGCUGGAGGAGAUCGUGCCUAGUCUGGGACCAGAAGGCAAGGACCUGCUCCUGCAACUCCUGCAGUAUGACCCCAGCCGGAGGAUCACGGCCAAGACCGCCCUGGCCCAUCCCUACUUCUCUACCGAACACUCCUUAGCACCCCGCCAUUGCAUGGUGGAGAGUUUCUACCACUGAGAACAUGUAUGUGGGGCCCACACCUCGCACCCACCCAUUUCCAAUAAAGCAUAUUUGGAGAGAGCAUACACCUGUGAGCAAUUUUAUGCCUGUCAUCAGAAGGCUGGGUUGGGUUCAUCCUGCCCGGACAUUGGCUACUUCCUGUGUUGUUGGUUGGAUUUAAUGGUGCUCUUUCAAAAGUCAUACAGGU